CCCCCCCCCCCCCCCCCAAAGCGCCAUAAUGCCUCCUCGCCUCGCCCCCCUCCGCGUCGCAAUCCGCAUCCCGUGCACUACCAUCGCAUCUUCAAAGUCGGCGGCAGCGGCCUUCUACUCGACAUCGACCGCCUCAGACUCCAAUCAGCCGCUGAUAACCGUCACACAGCUGCCCGCCCCCGGGUCCGGCCACAUUCGCAUCCUCGAGCUCAACCGUCCAAAGGCCCGCAAUGCCCUCUCCAAGGCUCUGCUCUCGCAAUUGCGCGCCGAGAUCGACGCCAUCCACGCCCAGUAUGACCCGGAGACUGGUGAUGAGCUCCCACAGAAGCCCGUCUUCGGCGGUGCCGCCGGCAAGGACGUCAAGGGCCCGACCCGUGCCUUGAUUCUUGCGAGCGCUGUUGAGACGAGCUUCUGCGCUGGCGCCGACUUGAAAGAGAGGCGGGGCUUCACGCAGCAGGAAACAGACGAGUUCCUCCACAACCUCCGUUCCACCUUCACAUCCCUCCAAAACCUCCCUAUCCCGACAAUCUCGGCCAUCUCGUCCAUCGCCCUCGGUGGCGGCCUCGAGCUCGCCCUUUCCACGCACUUUCGCGUCCUCUCAUCCAAUGCCCAGGUCGGUCUUCCCGAGACACGCCUCGGUAUUAUCCCCGGCGCUGGUGGCACCCACCGUCUGCCCGCCCUCAUCGGCCUCUCGCGCGCCCGCGACUUGAUCCUCACCGGCCGCCGCGUCUCGGCCCCGGAGGCCUACUUCCUGGGCAUCGCGGACCGCCUGGUCGACAUCACUCACGAGGAGGCUGAGAAGGCCGGCGAGGGCGACAAAGACAAGGGCGUGCUGCUCGCGGCCCGCAACGCGGCGCUGAGUGAGAGUGUCCGUCUCGCGGGCGAGAUCUGCGAGGGCGGCCCGAUUGCCAUCCGCGCCGCGCUGCAGGCUGUCGCGUGGGCGAGGGAGGAGGUCGAGAACAAGAUGUACGAGCGGGUCGUUGCUACCGAGGACCGUAACGAGGCGCUCAAGGCGUUCCAGGAGAAGAGGAAGCCUGUUUUUAAGGGCCAGUAAACGCCAUUUGACUGCGUUUCUGUGGGGGUCGCCUAAGCAAGUAAGUGGCUGCAACUGAUACCACAUUGUUUAUCAUGUUGGGUAAAAAAGAUUUAUUGGCCGUGUAAUUGGUCACAGGAUUGGUAUAAGCGGACCAGCACGUGUGUAGAUAGUAGAGAGAAAGAAAAGAUCUUUCUCGACAACCCUAUGGGGUAUUGGAUACUUAUGACCAUUAUCACAAAGCUUCGUAAUUCAUUGAGGAUUUACCGGGCAGCUAGCAAGACGGAAACCAGCA